UGGAUAUUGAUUAAACAAACAAAAUGUCGAUAUCAAAAACGACUUCCAAACAGAUCAGGACCUAUCAACCAACAUAUCAGCUGAAUCCUCGAAAACGUUUUAACACAGAGAUAAUCGAGAAGAUUCUACGACGUAUAGUGGAUUCAGAACUGGAAGAAAUAGAGUACAGCGAAAAAGCUAUCCCCGAGUUAUGCGCAAGUUUGGCGGACAGUAUACGCACAGCAGUUAAAGAAGAGAACUACGACAGAUAUCGUAUAAUAGUACUAGUGACAAUCGGUCAGCGUCGCCAGCAAAGUGUACACAUGUUUCAUUCGUUCCUCUGGGAUUACGACCGGGAUGCUUUCGCAUCCUAUAAUUUUGAAAAUUGCCAGAUCUAUGCUAACGCGGUUGUCUAUGGUGUGUAUUUGGACUGAUUAUGAUUAAAUAAAUUGUACGU